AUGGACACAUGGAGCGCUUGGUCGAAUUGGGCCUACGAUGAGGCACAACAGUUUAUGUAUCGUGUUCGGCAGGACAUAAACGGAAAUUUAGAUUAUGAUUACAACUAUGAUACGCCUCGCGAGUCUGGGGAUGUUGCGGGAAUAACUCAAAGCCUAGGAAGCACCCGCCUCUCUCCCUCUGCCUCGAGCUACGAACAGCAGCCACCCGAUUCACCAGCUAGUCACAAAGACAAGGAACGGUCCAAAGCAUCCAAGUCGAAAAGCAAAGACAAGGACAGGUCAUCAAAGGAGAAGAGCAGCAGCGGCAGCAGCAGCAAACAUUACUCACAUGAUAAGACUUCUUCUUAUCGUAAAGGGCAUGGAAGCUCUUCAGCUUCGGCGUCUUCUCACGGCCAUGGAAGCUCUUCCACUGCUCCGCAACAGAGCUCCCAUGCCCCCUCAUAUGAUCAAUCACAGUCACAAUACUCAUACGAUGCGCAGAAAUACGUCAUCCCAGGGGGCUACCAGACAGCGGAGGCAUCUUAUGCAUCUACCCAGGGCUCUGGCUAUGCUACGACUCAUACUCAACAGCCGCUACCACGAGGCUACAAUGAUAUCCAAAACCUCACAUAUGGCAUGGGUCCGGCUGCGGCCGGCCCGUCAGACUUGAAUUACUCUGUUUCAUCAGAAACCUAUGAGCAAGAGGAUGACGGCGCUUCCACUCCUCGGAACCACAUUGCCGCAGAAACUGGAGAUGAACUUGAAACAAUUGAUCCGAGGUACCGGGUUGAACACUCAAAUAAAUUCGACCCCGGAGCGAUCUUCAAGGUGCUGUGGUCCGAACCCAAAGGAUCCACAGACGGUCUAAAACAUCCCAGUGUUUCUGGGAAGCAAGAGAUACAGAACAAAUAUGGUGCGAAAUUCCAUGUAGGAUUUCGCCGCUUCAUCGUGAUCGCAAAUGACCAUGGGCAUUGUACCUGCGUCCCGAUUCUCACCUAUGGCGGCAGAGGCUGUAAGAAGUCUGGUGUUAAACCCAACAAGCAUGGAAUCGUUUACGAAGCAGGCCAGAGACCUCGCCAGGUCGAAGGUGAGCCUCGGCUAGGAUUUCAGGCCGUUCAGGUUCACCUGACCGAAGAUGGUGAGAGGCUUUCUAGAGAGUCGCGCGUUAACUAUUCCAAGCUGGUCACUAUUGAACACAACGUCAGUGUUUUUUUCAUUGGAUCUGUUGCGCAAAAUAGCUGGCAAAUUGUUGAGGAAGCCGUCAAUCAAUGUUGGGACCAAAAGGUCCACCACCGACAUCCAAGGCAUGAGAGAUAG